AUGGGACGCUAUGUCCCUCCCGAACUCGAGGGCGUCAUGUCAGCCAAUAAAGUCGCUGGCAAACAUGCACUGGGCAAAAGGGCCAACAAGAUCAAAGAAGGCAUCCUGACUGUACGCUUCGAGAUGCCCUACGCAGUAUGGUGCAACCACUGUCCCAAACCGACAAUUAUAGGCCAAGGUGUACGAUUCAACGCCGAGAAGAAGAAGGUUGGCAACUACCACAGCACGCCCAUAUGGUCCUUUCGCAUGAAACACCCCGCUUGUGGAGGCUGGAUCGAAAUACACACGGAUCCCAAGAACACGGCUUAUGUGGUCAAAGAAGGCGGCAAAGCCAGAGAUACAGGCGAAGAUCGUGUAAGAGAAGGAGAAGAAGGCGUACCAAUCCUCUCAGCAGAGGAAAGGGAGCGUAGAAGACAGGAUGCUUUUGCUGUUCUCGAGGACAACAAACAGGACAAGGUACAAGAGAAAGAGCAAGGCAAACGCAUCGCUGAGUUACAAGAAGUACGGGAUCAACACUGGGACGAUCCAUAUGAGGCCAACAAGCGUCUAAGGAGAACGUUCAGAGCAGAACGCAAAGUCAGAGAANAAGAACAUGACUACUCGGAGAAACUCAGAGACAGGAUGGGACUGGACGUUGAACUAAUGCCAGAGAUUGACGAAGACAGGAGACAUGCUGAUUUGAUCGACUUCGGCGGCCUAUCGGACGAAGAUAUUGACGCCAAAACGAUGAAGGUCACUUCACGGCCAUUAUUUCAACAAGACACGAAACACGAGGCAACUUCAGUCAAAUCCAAAUUCUCGCACAAGACCAAAGCAGCCGCUGAGGUCGAACGUCGGAAGAAAGCACUGCAGCAAGAGGUCCGGGACAACUCGCGUGCAGCAGCAGACCCAUUUCUGUCCUUUGGCGGUACAGAAUCUCGCACUUUCCGCGCGAUCGCUGGCAUCAAGCGAAAGGCGGAAAGCAAGACCUCAGAGCAACAAACCCAUAUAGAGGAGAAGCAGCAAGAUGAUACGGGGAACCUAGGGAAGGCGCAAACAAACCCUGCACUUUCCCUGGUUGCUUACGACUCAGAUUCAGCAUGA